CUUUAUGUAUCUAUAUUCUUGUAAAUUAUUGCAAUUAUCAUUUACCUCUGGAAACAAAACACUCGUUCAUUUGGAAAGAAGCAACUUUAUUCUGUUUUUUCCACAGAGAAGAAUCGUUUUGUUUUCCGUUUAGAUAUACUUGUUUUCCUGGAGAUUUUCUGAACAUGAAGCAUUUGAAAUUUGUGCUGGUGAUGGCAAUCGCGGUGAACGUAUGGGAAUGUAGCGAUGCAAAAUUUGGGGAAAAGGGCGAAAUGAGUCCGAGGAGGAGGAGAUGUUACGAUGGAAGCCUACCGAAGCGCCUUAAAAAGAGAGACAGAAAACUGUCACUGGACAGCAGCAGCGUGGAGGUUUGUCACAGGUUGUACCCCCGUGUGUCCUGCUGUCCCACUAAGAGAGCUGCCUAUCAGAUUCUUCACCGGCGGGAUGCUAGGAUAUUUUCCACCAACAACACAGAGUGUGCCAAACUCCUGGAGGAGAUCAAGUGUGCCCACUGCUCUCCGCAUGCCCAGGUGCUGUUCCACUCACCUGACAACGACAAGGGCCUGCACAGAGAACCUGACCUGCCCAGGCUGUGCCACGACUACUGCAGGGGGUUCUACUACACCUGCAGAGGCCAUAUACCAGAGCUGUUCCAGGCCGACGUGGACGAGUUCUGCCAGUAUUAUGGAAGACGGGACGGCGGGCUGUGCUUUCCGGACUUCCACAAAAAGCAAACGCGAGGGCCGGCCUCCAACUACCUGGACCUGGACGACUAUGAAAAAAUGGACGACCUCAACAGGAAACACAAACACAACUGCUACUGCGCCCAGGAGGUGGUGUCCGGCCUGCGGCAGCCGGUGGGGGUGGUGAACUGCGGGGACGGGUCCCAGCGGCUCUUCGUCCUGGAGAAGGAGGGCUUCGUCAAGAUCCUCACGCACAGCAUGGAGCUGAUCAAGGAGCCCUUCCUGGACAUCCACAAGCUGGUGCAGAGCGGCAUAAAGGGAGGAGAUGAAAGGGGCCUUUUAAGCCUCGCAUUCCAUCCCAAUUACAAGAAAAAUGGAAAGCUGUACGUCUCUUAUACCACCAACCAGGAGGGAUGGGCCAUUGGACCUCACGACCACAUUCUCCGAGUGGUGGAGUACACCGUGUCCAGGAAAAACCCGAACCAGGCGGACGUGAGGACCCAGAGGGUGCUGAUGGAGGUGGCGGAGCUGCACAGGAAACACCUGGGAGGGCAGCUCCUUUUUGGACCGGACGGCCUGCUGCACAUCUUCCUGGGCGACGGCAUGAUCACGCUGGACGACAUGGAGGAGAUGGACGGGCUGAGUGAUUUCACGGGGGCGGUACUGAGGGUGGACGUGGACACGGACUGCUGCAACGCCCCCUACUCCAUCCCCCUGAACAACCCCUACUUCAACAGCACCAACCAGCCGCCAGAACUGUACGCUCACGGGCUGCAUGACCCGGGAAGGUGCGCGGUGGACAAGCACUACAUGGAUGCAAACAGGACCCUGCUCAUACUGUGCACGGACUCAGUCGCCCGAAACUCCACCACAGGAAGAAUACUGCAGAUUCAGAAGGGGAAGGACUACGAGCACGAGCCUUCGGUCUUUGAGCUGAAAUCCACCAGCACUGCAGCACCGGUAGGAGGCUUCAUCUACAGAGGCUGCCAGUCCCGAAGGCUGUUUGGGAGCUACGUGUUCGGGGAUCGCAACGGGAACCUGCGCAUCCUCCAGCAGCCCCCAGCGGGCGGGGCGGGUGGGGCGUGGCAGGAGAAGGCCCUCUGUCUUGGCAGCAGCGCCUCAUGCAGCAGCUCCCUCUCAGGGCACAUCCUGGGCUUCGGGGAGGAUGAACUCGGCGAAGUCUACAUAUUAGCCACGAGCAAGAGCAUGGUCCAGUCAAAUAGCGGGAAGCUCUACAAACUGGUGGACCCUAAAAGGCCCCCGGUCCCCAAGGAGUGCCAGCGGCCGGUGGAGGCCCCCGAGCUGCUGGUGACGGCGUGCUCUCGGCAGUGCAAGAACGGCCACUGCACCCCCACGGGCAGGUGCUGCUGCAACCCGGGCUGGGACGGCCCCUUCUGCAGAGUGGCCAAAUGCGAGCCCCCCUGUCGCAACGGAGGAGUUUGCAUCGAGCCCAACAAGUGUUACUGCAAGAGCGGCUACUCCGGCGAGCAGUGCGAGAAAGGUGAGAGGGGCGUGGCGGGAGAGGCCCGAGACGGCAUCCUGGACCAGAUCAUAGACAUGACCUCCUACCUGCUGGACCUCACCAGCUACAUCGUAUAGGCGGAGAUCUGCCAGCAGACUUCCUGAAGAAACCUCAGGACCAGUCUUUGUUCAUCCACCAUUAGACCAUUUUCCCACCACCAACACCGCCACCACUUCCUGUUUGUUCUCUCGCCAAUAAGCUACGCUCUUGUUCUUAGAAUGGGCUUCCCAAAAAAAAAAAUAAUAAAAAUAAAACAGACCUCAGAAAGCAGCGAGAAGAUUGAAGUUUCCCUUUCAAGUUUUUUGUAAUUGGAAAGACGUGGGAUGCUUUGGUGCCGCUGAUAAGAGCUCCUCUGUGCUUUGGAGGCAUUUUAACUACACCGUCAGUCCAUCUGGGCCAGAAUCAGGCCUAAACUGGCUCUUUCUGGCAGUACUGGCUCAGAUCACAUCCCCUCCCGGAAUUGUGGGAGUUCUCGUGCCCUCUGACGUCCCCCAGUGU